CCUAUUUCUCAUCUUUCGGUAGGACGCGCGAAAAAAGUCAUCGCCGACGGUCUUUUUUCUUUUCUUUUUUUUCCCCCCUCCCUGCCAUCCCUUGUCGCCAUUCCCGGCCUCCCUGCUCCCCAAAAAAAAAGUGAAGCACGCGAUGCAGGCCGGCGGCAUCCUGCUGCUGAUCGUCGCGGCGGCGGCUCGGGCGGCGGCCCACCCGGACCCGGACCCGAUCCCGAUCCCGAUUCCAGCCUCGGUCUCGUCCUCGACAUCGCCGACGAUACAAUUAUCGACGAUACCAACCUGCGCCAUGCAGUGCCUCGUCGACGGCUUCCACGCCGGCAACUGCACCAUGGCCGCGCUGGCCGGCUGCAUGUGCACCAACGUGCCCCUCCUCGCCCACAUCUCGGAGUGCGUCCAAAAGUCCUGCGAUAUAUUCGCUGACCAAGUCGCGACUGCUCGCAUAUCACAAAACCUCUGCAAAGCGUACCCGAAACAAGAACGCCGACGGUUCUCCAAGAUCUUCGCCAUCGGCCUGCCGCUCAUCACGACCCUCGUGGUGGCCCUCCGGUGCGUGGCCCGGCUACAGGUCGCGAGCAGGCUGUGGUGGGACGACUGGACCGCGCUGAUGGCUUUGGGGUUUCUGAUCGUCAUGUCUGGCCUCGGACUGGCCAAUUCCAACUUGGGAUUCGGCUACCACUACUGGGACAUUGACCCGGGCAACGGGAAGAUGAUCCUCCAGAUCUUCUACGCACAGCAGCUGCUCUACAUCUUUGUACAGGUGUUCGCCAAGGCCUCUAUCUCCUGCUUCUACUCCCGCGUCUUCACCAACAAGCGCUUCCAGCUGGCCAUCAAGUGCUUCCUAGUCUUCCUGUUCUCGCACGGGCUCAUGUUCCUCCUGCUCCUCGCCUUCCAGUGCGUCCCCGUGCGGUCCAUCUGGGACCGUUCCAUCAACGGCCGCUGCUUCGACACCGCGGCCAUCUCGUACGGCGGCGCCGCCUGCAGCAUCCUAGAAGACUUCAUCCUCAUUCUCAUGCCCUUGCCGGAGCUCUUGAAGCUCAAACUGAGCAAGAGGAAGAAAUCGGCUCUGGUGUUCAUGUUCGGCAUUGGCUCAUUCGCGUGCAUCGCCAGCAUGGUCCGCCUCAAGUACCUCGUCACCUUCGUCCACUCCUUCGACGUGACCUGGGACAACGUUAACCUGGUGGUCUGGUCCAGCAUCGAGCUCAACCUGGCCAUCAUCUGCGGUAGCCUCCCGGCGCUGCGGUCCCUGUUCAAGAAGAUCCCGGCGCUGCUGAAGACGGUCAAGUCGAGCGCGGAGGGAGAAAAGUCCCGCGCGGACCAGCGUAGGCAGUCGGCCACGGUCAUCGCCAUGUCCGACGCCUCGGACAACUCCAACGGGCAGUCGUCCAAGGGCAACACGCCGCGGAGAGUGGGCAUGCCGAGGCCCUUUGGCAGCGCGUCGACCGCGUGCGGCAAGAGCUUCCACUUGUCGCGAGAUAAAGAAACCGACCCGGAUAGCAAGGAGGAGUUCGGCCCGGGGGAUUUGGAAACGGGCCGGUAGGGGGACGGUUUGCGCAGUAAGUAUAGGGGGGGGGGGGGGGGGGGGGGGGGGAAUAGUAUGUCUGUAUGAGAUGAGAAGCAGACCGCGAUAUCUCUACAUGAUCCAUUAUGAGCUGUAAAAAGAAAAACCGGCAGAUAACAACAAUACGAUUUAGAGCUUGGCAUGCAUAUCGUUUUCGUAGUACAUGGCAUGUUUUGUUCUUC